CUCGACAGCAAAAUUUAGAACAUGAAGCACGCUCAAUAUGCAGAGGAAAAAUAUGCUUGGCAGGAGUCUGCUGCAGUGUUCCUCCUUUUAUGGUUUGAUACAGAUUUGUGAGUUGUUUUUAAUGCUUAAUAAAACAUGGAAGUAUUAGCUUUAAAAAUAUCUGCUUUUGAAGUGCUUUGAUAUAAAUGUGAUUUAGGGAAAUUGGCCAGGAUAAAAGCAAAGGAAGGAUUUAUAAGCCCAUAUAUAUAAAUGUUGUGGGUGGGAGUUUGUCCCUCCCAUUUCUUUUUCCAGUCCAGUCCAGUCCCAUCUGAAAGCUCGGACUCCAGAGCCUCCUCUGACAAGUUUCCUUGCCUUCCUGUGAGAAUAGGCAGCCGCUGUCACAGAAGAGCCGGGGGAGUUCAGAAGAUCAGAGGCAAAGCAGCAGUUCCCUCUCUUCUGGGAAACCAGAUGACCCUCUUCAAAGUGAUAAUGUAAACAGCUAGAAAGUGGUGGAACUGUGGGAGUCUGAAGUCAAAACUGGAAGAAUUCUUCUGCAAGAUAAGUUUAAAAAGCAACCAGCACUAUUCCAGAGGGUGAGUGGGAGGCUUGUGCAGUGACAACAUGAGUCUGGUGGAUGUGAGACAGACAGCAGGGUCCCUAACCCUGUCCCUGUCCAGCAACGACUCCAAAGAGCGCUAUUUUGACCGCGUGGAUGAGAGUGACCCUGAGUAUCUCCGCAGUAGGAACAUGUCGCCCGACCUGAGGCAGGACUUCAAUAUGAUGGAGCAGAAGAAGAGGGUCACCCAGAUCCUACAGAGUCCGGUGUUUAAAGACGAGCUGGAAGGCCUGAUUCAGGAUCAGCUGACAAAGGGCAACACUCCAACCGGUCUCUUGGCUCUGAGACAGAUCGCUGACCUGGUCAUGGCCAGCACUUUGGGAGGGGCGGGACCCUUGACAUCGCCUAUCAGCGUUGGGAUGGUGACUCCAGUCAAUGACUUGUACGGCAUCGAGUCACCCUCCUUCGCGAAAGGGGAGAAACAGAGUCGAUGCAAGCUGGCCAGCCUCUACAGGCUUGUUGACCUCUUCAGCUGGGCACGUUUUACAAGCUCCUACAUCACUGUGCGUGUCAAUAAAGAGCAGGAUCAUGUUCUUAUUGGUCCACGAGGUCUCUCCUUCGCUGAAGUGACAGCAGGAAAUCUGGUCAAAGUAAACAUCGUCGGUGAGGUGGUGGACCAGGGUUCUACUGAUCUGGCUAUCGACCACUUCGGGUUUGCGUCUCAUGCUGCCAUUUACUCAAUGCGCCCUGAUGUGAAAUGCAUCAUCCACAUACAUACUCCUGCCACGGCCGCUGUGUCCUCUAUGAAAUGUGGAAUCCUGCCCAUUUCCCAGGAGGCUUUGCUUCUGGGAGACGUGAGCAGCUUUGGUUACCAUGGCAGCCUGGAUAAUAAAGAGGAGAAGGUGGAGUUUCAGAAAGCUCUGGGCCCGACUGCCAAGGUGAUGAUUCUGAGGAACCACGGCCUGCUAGCUUUGGGAGAAACAGUAGAAGAAGCUUUUCACUAUGUGUACCACACGCAGCAAGCUUGUGAAAUCCAGGUGAAUGCUUUGAGCUGCUCAUCAGACCUGGACAGCUUUGUGCUCCUUGAUAAGGACAAGCUCAAACGGCUGACCCAGGGAGUCGCUGCUGCCGGGGUGGCGAUAGACAAUGAGGUCAAGUGGAAAGUGGGCGAGGCCGAGUUUGAGUCCCUAAUGAGGAUGCUGGACAACCUGGGAUACAGAACAGGUCACUCGUACAGGAACCCCAUUGUCCGGGAGAAACCCCGUACAAAGAACGACGUGGAGAUCCCCGCCACGGUGUCGGCGAUGCCAAUAGAGGACAGUGAACUGGGCCUGCGUAGCCCCUUCAAGUUUAUGGCGCAGAAACAGCAGAGAGAAAGGACCCGGUGGCUCAACUCGCCUAACAGCUACUUGAGAGUCAAUGUCCCUGAACAGUCACUGUGCGGAGAUGUAAGCCCCAGGACCAAAACCAUGUGGAUGAAGUCCACAGAGCCAGGCAACAGCACUGGAACACCAAUAAAGAUUGAGGACCCCAACCAGUUUGUGCCGCUUAACACUGAUCCCACAGAGGUUUUGGACAAGAGGAACCGGAUCAAAGAUCAGCACAGAGGCGACCAGAUGACUCCAGGACCGAAAUCUCAGUUACUCUCAGGGAUUGUUGUGGACACCAUACCAGGCCCGGCGUUCAUCGAUGAAGAUGAGGCGUACACUCGCUCUCUUCCUCCCAAUCCUUUUGAUGAUCUGACGGGGAAGGAGCUGGAGGAAUACAAGAGCACAGUAGAACGGAAGCAACAAGGCCAAGAAGAGGAUGAUGAUGCCACUGAUGCAGAUGAGAUGACAACAUUUGAUGGUUCCACUAUUUCCCUUUCCCUCUCCCCCAUAAUGACGCCACUUAAAGAUGACGUGAUUCCCAACGGGAAAGACCAUUUGGAAGAGUUGGAGGAGGAUCUGAGCAUCGAGGUAUCCAAGCUGAGCAUGAGCACCUCGGAUACUGUGGAAACCUCAAUCACAUCAAAUGAGAAGACAGGGGAGGCUCAGACCCCAGAGAGCCAAAGCAAGUCCCUGAAGAAAAAGAAAAAGAAGUUCCGCACACCUUCAUUCCUCAAAAAGAGCAAGAAAAAGAAGGAGGAGAAGGAAAAAACUGAAGCCUGAGGGCAUUUACUGUAAAAGCAAUUAGUGUUUGGCUAAGAAAACCACCUGAAUUCUAUUCUGAUUGUUCAGCUUGUUGAAGAAGAGUGAGAAAGACCAAUGACUAUCAGAACGUCUCCUAGGACUGUCCUUUUUACACAUCUCUCCUCAUUCACAGUUAUUAUAUGUGAAAGUUUUCUCUUAGAUGGUGAAACUGAUGUGUUUCCCCUAUGAAUUAAUGAUUGACCACUCCUGAUGGGCUCAGCAGAAGGCUGUCAAAAUGGCGAUGACGUGGUAAUUACCCAUAUUUUAAUGGGGUUUGAAAUGGGAACCACAGAACUACAGAGUUGUAGACGGUUACAACAAAAGCAGAUACAGAUUUUUUUUUUGCACAGUUACCUUAUUGAAUGUAAACUGAAAGCUCAAAGAAUUGUUUAAAAAAAUGUAACAAUGUCACAAGUAGUAACUCAGUGGCUGAAUGAUUAUGACUUUUAGAAGUUUGGCCUUAUAAGAAGUACGAUUUGUAUCCGAACUCUGCAUAGAUAUAUCAUCCUGUAAUAAUAUAUGUCAGUUUAUGCUAUAGGUAUUACAAUAUAGUGUUUGAUAAAUGAAUACAUGAUUUGGUAGUCUUUCUAUACUAACUCAUAUACUAAACAUGCUGUGAUUGAUAGUAAUAAUUCAUGUUUUUACAUUUAUGUCAGUGGUAUUGUUCUCAUGGUUCCUGCUUUAUUGUGACUGUGAAAAGGAAAUUGACGGACAGAGAGCUCAGUGAAGUGAUGCUUUUUUUCAUAGCGAUGUUUAUGAGUGGUGAAGAAAUGACAGAUAUCAACCACUUUGGUUCGGAUGUUAACGUUAAAAAGUGCAGAGCCUGCAUCUCAGAAAGAUGAGUGUGAUGGAUGUUGUGACUAACUUUGCUUGGAUAUAAAGUUGAUGGCGGAAAGCCCGUCUUCAUAGCCACCGUCAGAGUUUGAUAUACAGUAUAUUAGAGGACCUUAUAUGAACAUACCAGCCAAUAAUGUGAAUGAUUUGUUUUGACCCAAAGGGAGUGAACUCUUUGUAAAAAAAGUUUGUUUUUGUGAGGUAUUUUGUUACGCUAAACCAAAUGUUUAACGAUGGGACAUAGAAAAUGUGAGAGUACAAUCUAAUAUCAAUAUUUUAACACUUCUUUUAUUAUGAUGUUUUUUUAUUGAACUUAAUGCGUAGUGCAUUGUGUUUACAAACUGCAUUUACUUAGGUAGUCUAUGUGCCUAUAGUGCUUGUAUUUUCUCUGUUGUUUACAUCGCUAUCUGUGUAGCCGCAGGUUUUUUUCCCCCCCCUUUUACAUUACCGUCACCUCCCCUCACAGUCGGCCCUCUUAGAUUGCCUUUCCUCUGAUGUAAUAAAAGCUGGCAUAUGUUUCCAUAACAGC